CCUGCAUUACGUCAUAAACGGUGCCAUUUUGUUUACGAGUGUUCUGUACAAGAAGAAAGCUUGUGUGUCAAAAACUGCAUGUGGACAUUUUAAUUUAAAAAGCUGUCCCUCCUCUUCCAAAGAAUCGCCAUCUUGCAGGAGUGCUGUUGUACACCAUUGUGAUAUCUAUAUGGACACCUUUGCUGAAGAAAAAUACAACCAUUUCAAAGGUGUCCACAUUGAUGACCACAGUGUGUUGCUGCACCAGUAUAUCUGCCUUGGUGGUGAAGAUGAGAGACUGUUUUGUUAAGUAAAACAUAAAUUUGAUGAUUAUUGACGGAAAACAAGAAAGUAUCUUUGAGACAAGAACUGUUUCUCUGAGUCGCCAUGUCGCCGCUGGUCCUAAUGACGCUAUGCCUGCACGUCCUUCUUGCAAUGGGACUGCCCUAUAGAAGUAGAACAGUAAAACAAGAACCAAGAAACUUAUAUGUAUCAACGCAACCAAAACAACCAUCAAUGGAAGUACUAAGACGAGAACCACCACAAGUACCACUAGUACCGCGAGCACCACCACUAGUACCACUAGUACCGCGAGCACCACCACUAGUGCCACUAGUACCGCGAAUACCACCACUAGUACCACUAGUACCGCGAGCACCACCACUAGUACCACUAGUACCGCGAGCACCACCACUAGUACCACUAGUACCGCGAACACCACCACUAGUACCACUAGUACCGCGAGCACCACCACUAGUACCACUAGUACCGCGAGCACCACCACUAGUACCACUAGUACCGCGAGCACCACCACUAGUACCACUAGUACCGCGAGCACCACCACUAGUUCCACUAGUACCGCGAGCACCACCACUAGUACCACUAGUACCGCGAGCACCACCACUAGUACCACUAGUACCGCGAGCACCACCACUAGUACCACUAGUACCGCGAACACCACCACUAGUACCACUAGUACCGCGAGCACCACCACUAGUACCACUAGUACCGCGAGCACCACCACUAGUACCACUAGUACUGCGAGAACAGGAUUCGGAUGACUAUGAUGAUUCGGACUGCGAUGACCUGGAGGAACGGCUAAGUGCCCUGGAAACCACCGUGAAGCAACAACAGGCGCUUAUCAAGAGUUUGUCAUGUAUCGGUCCCAAUUGUCGGAAGAAUUCCCCUAUAGCUUUUUAUGCCGUAAUGACACAAUCGCAAAAGAAUGUUGUCUUCGGCAAGAAAAUUAUCUUCCAGAAUGCUAUCCUGAACAGCGGCAACGGGUAUAAUCCCAAAGUCGGAGUCUUUACAGCGCCAGUUAGUGGCACGUAUUUGUUCUCUGCAAACGUAUUACACCCACCACUCAAACACAACUUGAUCGUAUCAUUCACGCUCUCUAGAGGCACUUACAAAACGAACGCCAAUAUCUUCUUCGCAGCAGGCCGUAGGUGGGGCGGAGGCAGCCAAACAGUGAUCGUUAAAAUGGACAAGGGCCAACACCUCUGGUUGCAGAACAACGCGAAGAACAAUUUGAAGAAAGGCUUUCCAUCAAUUUACGGCCACGCUUUUACUUCGUUUUCGGGAGUUAAGCUAGACUGAGCGUGCGCACCGAGGUACUUUAAAAAAGUAAAGGCGAGUAUUGCUAGCGUGGUAACUUAAUGGGACAGUAAACCAAUUGAAACUCCGCAUAAGUUUUUGCUUACCCGUACAAUCGCACUAAUGGCAUUGAAAUCUAAUAAUAUUGAUAUUUAAGUUAUAAAUACAUGUUUGAUGAUCGACAAUAAUUAGUUAUAUAAAUAUCGUUUUGAAAUAGACCCACAUCGGUUAUGUUAAAUUUUUGCAAUGUACAGUUUUAUGAAUGUAUUAUAUUAUGUUGGAUUCAUAUAUUUGUAACAUAUGUAAUAUGUUACAUCUUGGCAUAAUUGAGAUAAUGUGACGUAACAUCAAAAGGUGAGGUACACGAACGUAACGCUUAAACGACGUCGUUUUCUGAUAUUGUUACGAAUACGUAAGAUUAUUACGAUUGAUAUUUUUUUCCGAUUUUCAGAAAGCUUUUGAUAGCUUAGACCAUAGUUUUAUGUACAAAGGUUAAGAUAGCAUGGGCUUUAGCCAGUCUUUAUUACAGUGGGUGAAACUGUUUUAUAAUAAUGCACAAUCUUGUGUAAUUAAUAAUGGGUAUUUUUCUGAAUUCUUCGACACCAAAAAGGGAGAACGGCAGGGUUGUCCCCUCUCGCCCUAUCUUUUUAUCAUAUGCAGUGAAUUACUAGCUAACCAUAUAAGACAUAAUACAAAUAUAAAAGGAAUUCACAUAGGCAACAUCGAACUCAAACAAACAUUAUUCGCAGAUGAUGCCUGUUUUCUUCUUGACGGCAGUGAAAAGUCAUUUGAAUUGUUAAUUAUUACCCUUGAAAAUUACUCCACUAUAUCCGGUUUAAAAUUAAAUAACAAUAAAUGCUCUGUAAUGAAAUUAGGUGCACUUAUAAACAGAAAUGUAAAAUUUUGUCCACAUAAAACAUCUGAUUGCGACUGUAAAAGCGCGACCACACUAGGAAUAACAAUAUACAAUAAUACUAAUUUAACGACUGAACACAAUAUAUGUAAUAAAAUUCAAGAAUUUAAAAACUGUUUACAUAAAUGGAGAAAAUGGAAUCUUUCACUGAUAGGAAAUAUCACGGUUAUCAAAACUUUUGCAUUACCGAAUCUUAUAUACCCAUUUACAGUUUUAGAAAGACCAGACGAAAAUAAAUUGAAAACCUUAAAAACAACUAUUUUCAAAUGUGUAUGGAAUGAUAAACCCGACAGGAUAAAACGUGAUCAAAUUAUACAGGAAUAUGAAAAUGCGGGUUUGAAAAUGAUUGAUAUAGAUUUAUACAUCAACCUGAAUCAAAAUUAACCAAAUUAUACAUUAUUUUUCUAGAAAAGUAUGGUAAUUAUUUAUUGUUAAAAAAUCGCAUCAAACCUGACGAUAUAAACACACUAAACAUUCGAUCAGUGUUUGUAAAGGACAUAUUCAAGGUCUAGAAUAAGGUCAACGCGCAAAAUAACAUCACACAAAUCGGGAAAAAAAUUAUUUGGAAUAAUUCCUUUAUAAAAAAUUCACACGGUUUAUUUUUCUAUAAAGAAUGGCAUAUUACAGGAAUCAAUGAUGUAGAACAAAUAUACGACUAUGGAACAAGGCAAUUUAUAGUUUUUAGCAAUUACAAAACUUGUACGGGUUAAAUACCAGAGAUUUCCUGAAAUACUUUAGUCUUAUAAAAAAGUGUGCCACUAGAAUGGAAAGAAAAGCUGAAAUCUGAAAACAUUAGUAUUCAACCGCAAGAAUAUUUACUCUCAUUAAUUUCAGAGUCAACUAGAAUCUGCAAAUUAGUAUACCAAAAACUCGUACUAACAAAGCAAAUCAAUCCAAUUAAGGCAAUUGCGAAAUGGGAACUAUUUUUAAUAUAGAAUUAGAAACGAAUACAUUGUUUAUUCAACCAUUUAGACUGACACAUGAUACCAAGCUAAGAUCGUUCCAGUAUAAAUAUAUUAUGCAAAUUCUUCCAAACAAUAGCUAUCUAUUGUUAUGUGGUUUAACACAAUCCAAUAUUUGUGAUUUUUGUAGUAUGUCAGUAGAUUCGAAUGUGCAUAUGUUUUGGGAAUGUCCUGUAAUUCAACAUUUUUGGAACGGUGUUUAAGUGUAUAUCGAACUAACAGCGAAUUUGCCGUUUAUUUCAUAUUUUGACUAUGAACAUAUAAGCUUCUGUAACGUUUCAGCAGGUCAUUCGAACAUGUCACAGAUUGUUAAUUUUAUCAUAUUGUUGGCAAAAUUAUAUAUUUUUAGAAAUAAUUGCCAAAACAGUAUACCCAAUAUUAAUCAUUUUAUAACAUUUCUUCAGAAUAGGCUCAAAAUUGAGGAGAUAAUUGCUUUCAAUAAAAAUCAAAUAGAAACUUUUAGAACAAUUUGGAAUAGUUUUUUUUAACAUAAUUCAUUUAAAAUUGUAGUCUGAAUAUGCAUGUUAUGAUUUAAUCUAUUUUUUCGAAGUGUAUUAAAUUAUUAUUUUGCUACAGUCUCAUGUAAGACUCUCGUCAGAUGUUUGUAGUAUUGUUUUUUCUUUGUAUGUUCGUUGUUAUUACCAUGAUUAUAUUCUCUUUGCUGAAAUAAAAUUAUAAAAUUG